AACGCGUGUGGAUCUCUGUGUCAUCGCGGGACAUGAGCGGAACUUUUACUUUUUGAACCAGUGCGAUACAUAACACCAGUGACCAUGCAGGCCGCCACCAUUGUGUUUAAGACCGAGCCCAAGGAGUUCCGCAUCCCGAACGGGCCGAUUGUGUCCUCCACGUCUUCGCCGACGACCGCUGGUAACACCAUGCGGCCACCGCCGCCCCCCCCGCCACCCAAAAUUAAGGUCAUCGAGAACAAGCUCGAGGAACCCUCCAGCUCCAUCCCUGAUCUCGAAUUCGACGGCACCACCGUGCUGUGCCGUGUGUGCGGCGACAAGGCCUCAGGGUUCCACUACGGGGUGCACUCCUGCGAGGGAUGCAAGGGCUUCUUCAGGCGCAGCAUCCAGCAGAAGAUCCAGUACAGGCCGUGCACCAAAAACCAACAGUGCUCCAUCCUGAGGAUCAACAGGAACCGGUGCCAGUACUGCAGGCUGAAGAAGUGCAUCGCCGUCGGCAUGAGCAGAGACGCUGUGAGGUUCGGUCGUGUACCUAAAAGGGAAAAGGCCCGCAUCCUGGCUGCCAUGCAGCAGAGCUCCAAUUCCCGCACUUUGGAAAAAGCCGUCACAGCCGAACUUGAAGAUGAACAAAGGCUUUUGGCCACCGUCGUCAGGGCGCACAUUGACACCUGCGACUUCACCAGAGACAAAGUCGAACCCAUGCUACAACGCGCGAGAGAUCAUCCAUCUUACACCGCCUGUCCACCGACACUGGCAUGUCCUCUCAACCCAAAUCCCCAGCCUCUGACUGGACAACAGGAAUUAUUGCAAGAUUUCUCGAAACGAUUUUCGCCCGCCAUCCGCGGCGUAGUCGAGUUUGCCAAGCGCAUUCCUGGGUUUUCCCUGUUGGCCCAGGAUGAUCAAGUUACCCUCCUGAAGGCUGGUGUUUUUGAAGUGUUGCUUGUGCGCCUCGCGUGUAUGUUUGACUCUCAAACUUCCAGUAUGAUUUGUUUAAAUGGACAAGUGCUCAAACGAGACUCGAUUCACAACAGUUCUAACGCACGGUUCCUUAUGGACAGUAUGUUCGAUUUCGCGGAACGUAUGAAUGCUCUCAGAUUGUCAGAUGCCGAAAUAGGCCUCUUCUGCUCUGUCGUGGUCAUUGCCGCGGAUCGUCCCGGUCUCAGAAAUACGGAACUCAUCGAAAAAAUGCAUAACAAGCUAAAGGCUGCUCUGCACGUCGUCGUCAGCCAGAAUCAUAACGGCCGUCCUCAUAUCUUGGACGAAUUGAUGAAGAAAAUCCCAGAUUUGCGUACGCUGAACACUUUGCAUUCUGAGAAAUUGCUCGCAUUUAAGAUGACGGAGCAGCAGCAGAUGAUGCAGCAGCAACAGCAUCAUCUGUGGAAUUCCCCCUUAGAAGAGGAGAGCAGCAGCAAAAGCCCUGCGGCUUCAUCGUGGUCCUCUUCGUCUGACGUUACAAUGGACGAGGCGAAAUCCCCACUCGGCUCUGUCUCCAGCACAGAAUCCAUGUGCUCCUCAGAAAUGACCAAUAUCCAUGACUAUCACCAACCCAUCGGUCACCAUAUCAGCUCAAACGUAACCAACGCCCCCCUCUUGGCCGCCACCUUGGCUGGAGGGGUUUGCCCACACAGGCACAGAGCCAAUUCGGGAUCGACAUCCUCCGGAGACGACGAGUUGGCCGCCACAUCACACCUAAUCCACAAUGGGUUGACAAUAACUCCAGUUUCCAGGCCUCACGUCUCCCAUCCAAGAUUUCGCAAAUUAGAUUCUCCCAGUGAUUCUGGCAUCGAGUCUGGAACCGAAAAGGUCGACAAGCCAACUUCAGUCUGCUCCAGUCCACGAUCCUCUGUCGAGGACCACCACAUUGUUGAAGACAUGCCAGUGCUGAAACGCGUUCUGCAAGCUCCUCCCUUGUACGACACGAAUUCAUUGAUGGACGAGGCCUACAAGCCACAUAAAAAAUUCAGGGCGUUAAGAAACAAAGACUCCGCCGAGGCCGAGCCCGCAAUUAUAAUGUCCCCGCAACCAGUGCAAUCUCAGCUCACGUCUGCGCCGCAAUCCAGCCUCUCUAGCUCUCAUUCUAUGCUAGCCAAGUCCCUAAUGGAAGGUCCCAGGAUGACGGCCGAACAGAUGAAAAGGACGGACAUCAUCCAUAACUUCAUCAUGAGAGGCGAGACGCAUGCGGCCUCCCCCAUGGUGACCGCCACCCCCACGGCCUGUCCCUAUAAAACUAACGGAACGCUGCUGCAGCCCGCUUGGGCGACGAGCGUCAUCACCACCACCGCCCGUCAGAACCAGAUGCAGAACAGUCACACGCCGCCCCCGCAGCCGCAGGAGUACUCCAGGCUGUACCUGCACCCACAGUCGCCCCACUCGACGUCGCCGGCCCCCCCGCAAUCCAGGUCACCCGCCAGUCCGCACUCGACGCUGUUGACUUCCAUCCCCAAGAUGGUCGAGCUGCAGGUGGACAUCGCCGACUCCCAGCAGCCGCUCAAUCUCUCCAAGAAGUCGCCGUCCCCGUCGCCGAGGCCGCUGAAGGUGGUGACGCUGGAGGUGUAAUCGCUGCGGCGUCCGCCGUGCUCGUGAGAUUAGUACAAAGUGGAGUGCACAUGCCGCGCGGGCUGGGACUUUGCUAGCCGCCCGCGCGAAAGACAUCUAGGUGCCACUUUAAUCGUAUUACAAACCAAAUAAUUUAUAUUGCUGUAUAUUCAGUCCUAAUAUCUGUCUAUAUAACAUGUAUGUUGAUGUGUGCCCCAUGUUAUGUUGUAGUGUAGGGCGGGCCCAACCCGCAUUCUCAUGUAAAGUUACUUCCGCCAUGGCCCGGGCGGCGAGCACACCCUGUACAUAGUGGACCAACCCCCCCGGCGCGCCGCCCUGGUCCCAUUUCUGUAGUUAAGGUUUCAAACAAUCACUAAUUUAAAUAGAUCCAUGUAAAUGAAUAUUUAUGAUUAGGUAAUUAUAUCGAUAAAACUGGCAUCGGCACCCAAUCAAUCCUAUUGUAAUAAAUUUAUUAUAUUAUUGUUUAAUAUAUGUGAUAAAUUGAUUUGUAGGUUACUUUUAUGUAUAAGUUUGUGUUACGUAUCUCAGUUUGUAGAGACUCAUCUCAUAAUCAUGUUCACGAGACCAUUUCGCCUAUUUGUAUCACCACCAUCUCAUUACUUGUAGAUAGUCGGGCGAGCUGGGGAGGAGACCCGUGAGACUGAGGGGGGUGGCGACGUCCCCAUCGUACUACGGCCGGUUAGAGGCCAAUCACCCGCGUGGCGCCCCCCACGCUUGUCUCCUUGCUCGCUCCUGUAGGACGUGGAAUUUCUGCCCUCAACCGAUUUCAGCAGAUCCAGCGGUAUAGACAGUUGUUGUAUUUACUUUAUUAUCACUAUUGUUAAUAUUGUUUUCAUUGAUGUUCUUCGGGCUGCGGACGCGACGCUCGGCCGGCGGGGCGAAGGGAUUCGACAUGGUUAUUAGGCCCUCGCCUGCCCAACGCUGACGUCCGCGCCACUUGCAAAUGUACUUGUUUAUAAAUUGGGAGCUUGUUGAGGCCGACAGAAUAAACAUGUCUUGGUGAUAUUAAUAA